GUCGCUAGUCGAACCGAGGGAGAGGUCACGAACUCUGACCCGCGGCGGAGCCGAGAAACCGCGGGGGGGGAGGGGGAGAUUCGGGGCUUUUCCGCCUGUUUGAAAAUAACGUCUCAGUUUACGAUUACCUGCUUACAUUGCAUGAUGCCAUUGCUAUUGCGAGAUGCCUGGCGAUCCCCUUGACUUGUCAGGAAAAGGGAAAUCCACACUACAGAGAUCACUAGAUCUUUGUGGGCUGCCUUCUUCAAGAUCUGCUGUGAGUGCCGUUGCUUUGCCACUGUCAGCAAAAUAUGACAGAUUAACAAGCUAUCAUUCAUCUGAAGUGCUGGGCUGAAGGAGGAUGUAAAACAGUAGGAAGCGCCCAUGCAUAAGCUGAAUGGCAAACAAUAUGGAGGAGCUAGCACAGCAGAUUGCUGAACAUCAAAUGAGUGAGGUCAUAUGUUCACCUUGGAAUUGUCAGCAAGCAGGCCUCUUCCAAGAAAUCACCUUACCUUUAUGGCACUUGAGGAAGAUCUGGUUGUUUGUUUUGAACUGCAAUCACUAAUAGAUAGAGAAGAAAACACAGUUGGAAGGCAUGCUAAAAAGCAGCAAGUAUUAAGCCAUCAAUACCGCUUUUGAAUUACAGUAGCAUUUUUACUUCUGUAAAAGCUGAGAGCAUUGUGAGGACAAGUAGAAGGUUCAUAUGCAUCAAGUGUCUAUGGCUGGAAGUCCACCAGUCUCCUUGGCUGAACAGGCUCAAGUAAAGCUCAUCACAAUUACUGAUGAUUUAGUUCAGCAACUAGCUGAGCAGCAGGUCUCCCACUCUCAAGGGACAUUAUCUACUGUAGCUCCAGGAACUGUAAUAGGACGACCAAUAAUGACCAGUACCCCACAGAGGAUUCAGAUUGUUCCCGCAGACCCUGGUGUCACAGUAGCUCAGCGCAUUCAGAUUGUCACUGAUCAGCAGACUGGCCAGAAGAUUCAGAUAGUCACCUCGAUGGAUCAUGGUGCAAGCAAGCAGUUCAUCUUAACAAAUUCAGAUGGUUCAUCGUCAAACAAAGUGAUUUUAGCCAGACCUGAUUCGGGACAGGGAAAAGUCAUCCUGGCCACACCUGACUCUGCAGGUCUCAACCAACUCAUUUUUACAUCUCCUGAUGGAUCAGCACAGCAUAUACAGAUUGUGACCGACACUGUUUCAGGAGAGCAAAGUGCAGUCAAACCACCACUGGAGUUUUGUGUAGUUUGUGGGGACAGGGCUUCAGGACGCCACUAUGGGGCAGUGAGCUGUGAAGGCUGUAAAGGCUUCUUUAAAAGAAGCAUAAGGAAAAACUUGGUGUAUGUCUGCAGAGGGUCGAAGGACUGUGUCAUUAACAAACACCACAGAAACCGUUGCCAGUACUGCCGACUGCAGAGGUGCCUGGCACUAGGGAUGAAGCAGGACUCUGUUCAGUGUGAACGGAAACCGAUUGAAGUUUCGCGAGAAAAGUCUGCAAACUGUGCAGCCUCCACUGAAAAGAUUUACAUCAGGAAGGAUUUGCGGAGUCCUUUAGCUGCAACACCGACCUUUGUAACAGACAAGGAAAGUGCAAGGCCUGCAGGUCUUCUGGAACCUGGAAUGCUGGUUAACAUUCAACAGCCACUGCUGAAGACAGAGAGUGCUAUGUUGCUCGCAGCUGAGAACAAGGCUGAAACUUGUCAAGGUGAUUUAAGCACUCUUGCAAAUGUUGUAACAUCACUUGCAAACCUAAGCAAAUCCAAGGAUCUCUCCCAGAGUAGUGCAGAUUUAUCAGGGAUUGAUGCCUUGAGUAAUGGAGACGCUUCUUUAUCAGAAAUGCAGCAAGAUGAUCAGUCUGCCAGUGAUAUUACAAGGGCAUUUGAUACACUCGCAAAAGCACUAAACCCCGCAGAGGGGCAAGCUGUUCAGAACUCAGCAGAAUGCAUGGAUACUUCUGGUGCCAACAUCCAGCUAAUUAGCGGAGAGCAGUCCCUUCCUGUUGUCGAGAUUGAGGGCCCUCUUCUCAGUGAUGUGCACGUUGCUUUCAAGCUAACUAUGCCAUCGCCUAUGCCAGAAUACCUGAAUGUGCACUACAUCUGCGAGUCUGCAUCAAGAUUACUGUUCCUGUCCAUGCACUGGGCAAGGUCUAUUCCAGCCUUCCAGGCUCUCGGGCCAGACAAUAAUACAGCUUUGGUACGUGCUUGUUGGAAUGAACUCUUUACACUUGGUCUGGCCCAGUGUUCCCAAGUGAUGAAUUUAUCGACCAUACUCACAGCAAUUGUCAACCAUCUGCAAACAAGUCUCCAGCAAGAUAAAUUGUCAGCAGACCGUGUGAAAGUGGUGAUGGAGCACAUCUGGAAACUGCAGGAGUUCUGUAACAGCAUGGUUAAACUAGCUCUGGAUGGAUACGAGUAUGCCUAUCUUAAGGCAAUCGUCCUCUUUAGUCCAGAUCAUCCAGGCCUAAUUAAUGCAGCACAGAUUGAUAAAUUUCAGGAGAAGGCAUAUAUGGAACUUCAGGAUUAUGAAGCAAAAGCCUACCCAGAUGAUUCUUACAGAUUAUCAAGGCUUCUUCUUAGAUUGCCUGCACUACGACUCAUGAGUUCUGCUAUCACAGAGGAACUGUUCUUUGCUGGACUAAUAGGAAAUGUGCAGAUUGACAGUAUAAUACCUUACAUACUGCGAAUGGAAACCGCAGAGUACAACAGUCAGAUCACAGGGUCUGCGGUGUGACUUAACAUCUAUGAACAAUCGCAGCAACCUGCUGGAAGCUUCUUCACCUUCACUUCAGCAAUGAGAGACAAUUGCAGAUUGUCCAUGUACAAAAAAAUCUCGGGGUAGUCUUUAUAAAAGAAGAGAACGAGAAAAACAAUUCAUGGAGAGUAGACUGUGAAUAUUUUUCAUUGAUGAAUUGUGCUUGAUAGCAAUUGUAAUAAAAAAAAGUGACCAUGAAUGAUCCCUUCCUUUUUUAAAAAUUGUUAGUUUCUGCAGUUUGCAGAAUGCGUGUACAGCUUGGGUUGAAAAAUGCCAUGAUCAUAUAUUUGUGUUUACCCCAAUUUUUUAAAAAUAAUUUUUAUAGGACUGUAUUUGACUAAACAGUCAUUUGAGAAAUAUGGGCUUAUUUAAUGUUUCAUUGACAUUGAUAAAGCACUGACGUUGCAUGUCUGAGACUGUUCCUAUAUAUAACAUAGCAUUUAGAUGUGGAUUCACACAUUUUUUGGGCAAAUAUUGAACAACUAUGUGAAUAGCUGACAAAUUUGUCUUUAUCAAAUGACUAAUUGUAUCUGGUAGCUUAAUUUUACUGAUGUAUCUCGCAUUCUGUAUUCUUUUUAAGGAAUAAGAAUAUAAGGGAAAGCAGGAGAGAUGACAAAUUGUAUUUUGCAGUACUGCCAUGUCAAGCUAAUGUUAGAUUUUGUUGUCCUGUACAUUGUAGAGUUAUGUAUAAGAGCAAACGCACUGAAGCCCAUCUGAUCUUCAGUGAACCCACAACCAGUCCGAGCUGGUAAACAUCCCAAGGAAACAGUCUCACUUCUUUUGUAUUGAAAUCACGCGCAGAAGUGCUAAUUAGAAGAAUAUGGAUUUGACUCGAGGAAUUGGAUGCAUUUAAAAAGCAGCUGUAAAAAAAACUUACUGUAGCACUUUGAUGGCUGUCGAGAAAACAACAAUGCAAAGUUUUAUUCCCAUUAUAUAUCCCAGUUUCUUCCCCCACCCCUAAGCUGUUUGUUUUGCAACCAUUUCCCUAAUAAAAGUCCACUAAGUGCAGAGUAGAAAUCUGUGAUAUAGCAAGCAAUGGACUAAGUCCAUAAGAAAAAUGGACUUCCCUUCCCCAAAAAAGAAUAUCAGUGGCAGAUACCAUAAACCGUAAAA